AUGCUCGCCCUUGUGGCAGUGAGCAGCGUGGCAGCACUUCCUGCUGCUCGAAAGUCGAAUGACCUAUGGUAUCUCGACCCACUGGAGAAGUCGCACCAAGCCAAGUCGGCCAUGCAGCAAUUCCUCGCACCUGUUGUGCCGAAGAAGGACUGGUCGGAGCAUAGAGACAUCGUCAUCCGACCACCACCACAUCUCCCGCCACCCAUGAACGAAGAGGUGGAAGACAAGCCAGCUUAUGUCAUUAGCGAAUUUGUCGAGCUAUUUCCGCUGGACGACAUCUGA